CCUUUCACAGAGCACUGGAUAGCUAUGCCACAGAAGAAAUUCGGAGGCAACUUCUUUCCUGGAAGGAAGAGCUACCAGCUGAAUUAACAAGGCUGGAUGGUGUCUCUCUAAGGCUUAAUGUACACCUACAACUCCACUACUGUAUGGUUUGGACCUAUAUCAGUCGUGCUGCCCUGAUCAGUAAAGUGCGAAACUACGUGACCAACAAAGAGAGCCGGACAGACGAUACUAUCGCGAGUGCAGAGAUCCAAGAACUGUCAAAGGCCUGCGUCCAACAUGCGGAACAAAUAAUUGACCUGAUCGACCUUCUCAGAAAUCGCCGGCAGCUAGCUCGUUUCUCCCAUACCGACUUGCACUGCUGCAGCUCUGCCACUAUCAUUAUCCUUCUGGAAAGUAUUCUCUAUCCUAGGCUCAAAUCUUAUUCUAGAGUAAGCACAGCAAUGAAAUCCCUACAUUUUAUUGCCUGUGGCAGUGACUUUGCAAGGAAUGCCCUGAAACACGUGGAUAUUUUUCAGGCGGUCGUCAACAAAGCAUUGGCAGCCAUGUCUCACCAAGGAGAACCGGGCUUUGAUUACGGCGAUCUCAAUCUCACACAAUUGUCUGAUACAACCCUGCAACCCAAUGAGCCACAAAACCGAGACAGCGCUGAAUUCGUGGUAGAUAAUCAUCAGCCUUAUUAUAGGACAUCGUGGGAAAGACGUCUAGAUGAGCCAGGGAAAGAGACAUCAAAUGAUCAACCCUAUUACCAAGGGUAUAGUGGAGCGCUUUUCGAUGAUAUUGGGACAUUGCUGGAGGACUGUUCAUUUUCCGACCAACAUCUGCUGGGAUUUGAUGGACUUUACGCAGGCAGUACACUGGACCACGAUGAUGAAUUAUAGAAUCGAUUUUUGCUCAACUCCGACGAUCACUUGUCAUUUUCAUACAGUGUAUAUGAUCGACAGGAAUAUAAAUGAAGCCAUGGCUUCCAUUGGUGAAUGCAACGUUCUGAGAAGCAGAUUGAAAGGCGGAAUACAUUAAGUGGUAUACCGGAACUGCUUGUCCUCCUUAUCGGUCAUAUCCCUCCCGGCCACUUCGGCCACAUGCUCGCUCACCUCCAUCUGGACUGCAGAUCGGC